AAAAGCAUCACCCAGCGAUAGCAACGCCAAUUGGCUCUCAGCGGUGGACCACACGAAACCUUGCAGGCCGAUCUUCUCCCUGGUUGAUGACCUGCACAUCGACACCAUCGAGUUGUAGUAACCAACAAGUCAGAGAACGAGGGAGAGAAGAGAGGAAGUGAAGUGAGUGUGUGUCUGUGUCUUGGAAACAUGGGGGUGGACUACUACAAGCUUCUUCAGGUGGACCGAAACGCCAAAGAGGACGACUUGAAGAAAGCAUAUCGAAAGCUCGCCAUGAAAUGGCACCCCGAUAAAAACCCUAAUAACAAGAAAGACGCCGAAGCCAAGUUCAAACAAAUCUCCGAAGCCUACGAUGUUUUGAGUGAUCCACAAAAGCGUGCGGUCUAUGACCAGUUCGGGGAGGAAGGAUUGAAGGGACAGGUGCCGCCUCCCGGUGCCGGUGGCUUUGGCGGACCAUCCGACGGUGGUGGUCCGUCAAUGUUCAGAUUCAAUCCGCGCAAUGCCAACGACAUAUUCUCUGAGUUUUUUGGGUUUUCGAGUCCAUUUGGAGGGAUGGGGGACGUGGGAGGGUCUCGUGCUAGCACUUCUGGUUUUCCGAGGAGUAUGUUUACUGAUGAAAUGUUUGCUACAUUUCGCGGUGGAGGCAGUGAGGGGUCCAGUAUUGUGCCUAGGAAGGGGGCGCCAAUAGAGCAGCCGCAGCCGUGUAGUUUGGAGGAUCUAUACAAGGGCGCUAAUAAGAAGAUGAGGAUUUCCAGAGAAGUUAUUGAUACUAGUGGGAGACCCACCACAGUUGAAGAAAUUCUUACAAUUGAGAUCAAACCGGGCUGGAAGAAGGGAACAAAAAUAACUUUUCCAGAGAAGGGUAAUGAACAGAAAGGAGUCAUACCCUCAGACCUUGUCUUCAUUAUUGAUGAGAAGCCUCACAGUAUCUUCAAGCGGGAUGGAAAUGAUCUGAUUGUCACACUAAAGAUCUCUCUUGUAGAAGCUCUGACAGGUUACACUGCGCAGCUGACAACCCUUGAUGGGCGGAAUCUGACAAUUCCUAUCAAUGCUGUUAUCAGCCCUACCUAUGAAGAAGUUGUUAGAGGAGAAGGGAUGCCAAUCCCUAGGGAACCUUCCAGAAAAGGGAACUUGAGGAUUAAGUUCAAUAUCAAGUUCCCUUCCAGGCUUACUUCAGAGCAGAAAACCGGUAUGAGACGGUUGUUAACAUCUUCAUGAACGCUAGCAGUAGAUCUCUCUAUCAAACUGCUGCUUUUAUUCUGGGAAGGGAAUUCAUGCCUCCAGGACAGUUAUGAGUUAAACAUUUUUUCAUUAUUUAUAAAAAUUAUAUGAGAGAAGAUAUUGUUUUCCAUGUUGGUACUCCCUCUUUCCUUUUCCAGUCUUAUGAGAGUUAAAUUUCCCCUACCCGAUGACUGAAGAACAAAACAGAUGCUAAACACCUUUUUAUUUUUAUUUUUUAUAGUUGGUACUCACACACACACUUGUCUCUCGUAAGACUUGAACCUCUGACCUAUUUUUGGAAAGUAAGAGGUUAAUAUCGCUAUGCCACUGACACAUUGGUAUGCUAAACACUUUGAUUUUGGUGUCAGCAACAAUUGCAUUACCCGGAGGCAACACGCCAAUCUAUUGAUUCGACAAAGUUGCUGAGAUCAUGUUGUUUUGUAGGAAAACCAUACGAUUAAGUGAUGCAAAAGGGAGCUGGUAGAGCAAUCUCCAUAGAUUUUGAGUGGGGCUUGUAUGUGUAAUGAUUUUUCAUUUUGGUUGCCAUUGCCAGCCCUUGGUUUGAGGUCAUACUAAGUCCUGGAAUAGGUAAAUUUUUUGCUUGUUAUUGUAGCUUGAGAACGCAUAUUAGAGUUAAAUAUAUUGAACUGUAAGAAUUUCCUUUGUAGAAGGUUGGUUUGUUGUUUGUUUGUUUGUUUUUGUUAUUGUAGCUUGAGAACGCAUAUUAGAGUUAAAUAUAUUGAACUGUAAGAAUUUCCUUUGCAGAA